AUGGCGGACAAAUUAGGAAACGAAAAUACCAGCUGGGUAGAGAAGGUGUUCUUCUUCUUCUUCUUGUUUUUGUUUUCUGUGCGGAUGAUAAUAGCAGAUCAAGACACAGUUAUCAGUCAUAGUCAUAAACUUGAGGUUGAUAAACUUUUGAAGAAGUUGAAUAAACCAGCUGCUAAGUCCAUUAAGAUGAGGCCCAAUUUUCAACCACAAGAUAAUAUACUUGAAGUGAGUGAUGAAAUAUCUUCAAAAUCAAAGCCAAUCGUUCAGCUAUGGCACCAAAGUGGAAGUUGUCCAGAGGGUACUAUUCCGAUAAGAAGAACAAGAGAAGAGGACAUACUGAGAGCAAGCUCCAUGCAACAAUUCGGGAAGAAGAAUCUCAAGAACGUCGUACUACCCUUAACCCCAAAUGUUGGAGGUCAAGGGGGAUACGAGUAUGCCUCAGUAUUUAUUAAAGGAGAUAAAUAUUAUGGAGGCAAGGGAGCCAUGAACGUUUGGAAUCCUAAUGUUGAACAAUCCCAAGAAUAUAGUCUCUCUGCAACUUGGGUUGGAAGUGGUUCUGAUCCUGAAAAUAUCGAAGUUAUUGAAGCUGGUUGGCAGAGUGAUUCAAGUAAGAACACGGGAUGCUAUGAUCUUCUUUGUUCUGGCUUUGUUCAAGUUUACUCUGCAGUAGCUUUGGGAAGCAGCAUCAUGCCCUUAUCCCUAUACAAUGACACUAAUUCCCAGUAUCAAAUCACCAUUACCAUCUGGAAGGAUAAAGGCGAUGUAGACUGGUGGAUGCGAUAUGGCACUGAUCAAAUUGCGGGAUAUUGGCCUUCCUCUUUGUUCUCAAGUCUAUCAGACAGUGCAACAGUGAUAGAGUGA